AUGAGCAGAUUCCCGGACCAGGCGAUAGCAGCUGCUGUGCCGGUCAUAUCGGCAGCCAUGGUGUGCAGGUGGACGCUGCGGAGCCAACUGCCGUCCACUCCUUCUUUUUCCAACAGCAGACGAAACAAUCCCAACAGGAGCGCCGCUGCUUCCACGAUGCUUCUGCCGUUGCUGAUGGCCUGGGCGUACGUUCUCGCGCUUGGAGAGAAGCUCCAGUUGGAGUUGGAGAGCUUGUACAGCGGGAGUAAGGGCACCGCCAGUCCUACCACGGCACCAAAGCCCCCAUCGCCAUCGCUAUUGCCAUCGGAGCUAGGAAAGGGUGCCCCAGCUUCCACAGCACCAAUUGUUCCCCUCCCUGCUGCAGAUAAAUCCGCCGCCGCGGCGGUUGCAACAACACGUACUUGCACUUCAUGCUGGGGUCGGAAACUGCUGCCAUCCAGCAGGAGCAGCACGACCGAGCAUAACGAACGACUGCUGCCUCCUGCGUGUCCAACAAGCCGGGCGCGGGCGACCGACAAGACUCUGGUGUUGGAUCUCGACGAGACGCUAAUCCUCGCCAGGGGAGACGCCAGGGAAAUGGGAGAGGAGCAGAGGUUCGACUUCAUGCUGAGCUUCCAACACCAACUACCACCACCGCAAGAAGAGAGGAGGAGGAGCCGAGGGCUGGUACCACGCAUGAGGAGGGCCGCGGCACGAGCAAGCGGAGACUUGGGCAACGAGGGGCAGACACCCCGACGCGUCUACGUACGGAAGCGGCCGCACUUGCGCGAGUUUCUGGAGGCCGUUUCCGAGAUGUUCGAGGUGGUGCUCUUCACGGCCGCGCCGCAAGCGUUCGCGACGGCCGUGCUUGAGCAGAUAGAUCCUGAGGGGUCUUUCGUGGAUCAUGUCUUGUCGAGCGACAACUGCACGCGCUUAGGCAGCAGUACCAUUAGAGGUGCAAGUGGCGGUAGUGGAAGGAGCAGGGGUAGCAGCAGCAGCAGUUGCAGGACUUGGGGUGGGAGAGACGGGGGCGUUUCUAGCGACCUGUCGAGGAAGAGGCGAGAAGGCCCCACGUCGAUGGUGAAGGAUCUCGGUAUCAUCGGGCGGCCGCUGUCCAAGGUCAUUAUGGUGGACAAUUCUCUGGACGCUAUUCGAUACCAUCUGGAGAACGGCGUGCACAUCUCCAGCUUCUACGGAGAUCGCGAGGACACGGACCUUCUGUCCACGCUCGAUGCGCUCAAGACGCUGGCGCCCGCGGCGGACGUCAGAGAUGCUAUUAUCAGACCUGGGUCACACUCGAUCUGCUUUGCAGUACCCUCCGUGCUUCGCCCUGCGGCCUAA